AUGAAGCUCUUGUCGGUCCUGCUGCUGGCCAUGGCCGCGGCCGUGGAAGCAUCCAAGCUCGCCGGCCCGUACCAGACAGCCUUCUUUUACUUUGCCUACCGCAUGGAAGUCUCGCUCAAGGGCCACGGCAAGACGGAGAUUGCGCCCGGGUGCAAGACCAACGGCGGAGUCUGCAACAUUGACGACUUCGUCAAGCACAUCCAGGCGCAUGUGCCCAACCGACCACCCUUCACGGGGACCUUGGGCCUGGGCGACAAGCCAAGCGUGAAGGAGGUCGUCGACGCGCUCCAAAAGGCCAACUACUCGCCCGACCUGAACCAGGCCAACCUGCUGAAGAGCUGGCCGCCCAACACGCCGGGCACAUUCGACAAGGUCUGGACGAGGGUCAGCGCCGUGGUGCAGGAAUCGCGCGAGGAGCUGCAGAAAAAGGGCCUCGACCCGGACAACGGCGACGACGACAUGAAGAAGCUCAAGGAGUGCAUUCAGGGCGUCAUCGACGGGCGGCGCGAGGAGCAGGCGGGUAACAUGCUCAAGUUCUUCAAGGCCGAGGCCGUCAAGCGGCUCAAGGUCCAGGAGUCGGACGUGCCCACGAUCAAGGAGACGGGCAAGAACUACGACAAGAUUGACACGGGCAAGCUCGUCACGAACCUCAAGGCGGCGGGCAACCUGCCGGUCAAGAAGGAGGCGUUCAUCACGGAUUUCGUCAAGGACUACAAUAGCGGCAAGUUUGACAAGACGGGUGCCAAGGGGGCGUCGGGCCACUUCAAGACGAUUGUCAAGGCAAAGGACAUUGGCAAUGAUCUCGGCACAAAGCUGGCCGCGCUGACGCCGUGCACGACAUGA